AUGGAGUCCAAGAAGGGCGUCAACAACGUCCAGCAGCUGUCCCCCAAGCCCAAGGUCGUGUUCGUUCUGGGAGCCACUGCCACCGGGAAAUCCAAGCUCGCAAUCGCUCUCGCCGAGCAUUUCGGCGGCGAGGUAAUCAACUCUGACAAGAUGCAGGUCUACGAGGGCUUCCCGAUCGCGACCAACAAGGUGACCGAAGAGGAGCGCGGCGGGGUGCCGCACCACCUCCUGGGCGUGCUGCACCCGGACGCCGACUUCACUGCUGAGGACUUCCGGCGCGAGGCGCAGAAGGCCAUCUCCGGCGUCCUCUCGGCCGGGCGAGUCCCCGUGGUGGCCGGCGGGUCCAACACUUACAUCGUGGCCCUGGUGGAAGGGGAAGGCGGGGCCUUCCGGAAGGCCCACGACAGCCUUUUCCUGUGGCUGGACGCGGCGCCCUCGAUGCUGGAGUGGUACGCGGGGCUGCGCGUGGGCGAGAUGAUGCGCCGCGGGCUGGUGAUCGAGGCGCGCAACGCGUUCCGGGGCGCCGACGCCGACUACACCCGGGGCGUGCGCCGCGCCAUCGGGCUGCCCGAGCUGCACGCCUACCUGCAGGCCGAGCGCGACAUGGGCGGGCCACUGAGCGUGCCGUCGGCCAUGCUGCAGAGAGCGGCGAGCGAGAUCAAGGCCAGCACCUUCGCCCUCAUCCGCUCGCAGACGACCAAGAUCCGCCGCCUCAGCGGCCGCGACGGAUGGGAUGUCCGCAGGAUAGACGUGACCCCGGUGUUCUCUGCCACGGCCCAGGGCGUCGGGGUCAGGGACACCUGGGACAACUUUGUCUGGGGACCGUGCCAGGACCUGCUCAGGGUUUUCCUCGGUCCUGUCGCUGUGGGAACCGUGCCCGGAACCACUGCUGCUGCUGCUGCUGUUAGUGCUGCUCCUGCUGCUGAUGAUGCAGCGGGGACGGAGGUGCUGAAGUUUCACCUCCCUGCUGUGACUGCUGCUUUUUCCCCAAGCCUGCCAGUGGUGGAAGAAGAGAAAAACUACAAACAAGAAAAGGCUGUCAAUGCUGCAUUUUCCCCCGCCCUGCCAGUGGCGGAAGAGAAGUUCAACAACAACGACAACAAAGCUGCCGACGUCGAAAUGCUUGAGAAUGAACCUUCAGGCGGUGCUGCCAACGGUGAUGGAGGCAAUGCCAGCGUCGACGGCGCCGAUGUUCCUGCUCCGGCUGCAGCCGAAGCGGCGUCCGCCACUAAACUCUGA